UGCUAUCUCCUUGUUUCGUUUGUUAUCGAUAUCAAGGAAAGUUUGGAUCAAUUCAAUUGUCUCAUUAAUACGAAAGAUAGGAGCAAUCGAAUCAAGAUUAAACAACAAAUAUGCGAGAUUAUUCAAUUUCAUGCAGACUCCAGGCAACUUGCCUAUGAUCUAUCCGGUGCAUACAGAAAACAAAUUUUUCUAUAUUUCUCAAUUUCGGCAAUGUCUAUAACCAGUUGCUUGUGGCAAAUCAGUAAGGCAAUUUUAUUGGGGGAAAUAAUCGAAGCACUUCAUAUGCUAAUGAUGCUGUGCAUCCAUUCGCAAUCUCUUCUUGCGUUUUGUUACUUUGGGGAACUAGUGACCGGAAACAUUGACGAUGUGAAUGACAUGUUUUGGCAGUGUGAUUGGUACUAUUUACCGAUUAAAAUUCAACAACUUAUGCCGAUCAUAUUAAUGAAUUCCGAAAAAACAAUUUACAUUGGAGAAUGUGCUGGACUUAAUGCAUCUCUUGAUGUGUUUGGCAAAAUUAUUAAAGCUGCUGUUUCUUACUUGACAAUAUUGCGACAAUUUGAUUGAAUUUAAAUAUUAUUAAUCUAGUGCAAGGCGAUACAUGUGAUGUCCGAAGUAAAUUUCGAAACAAAAAUUAAUACAAAGCAACUCUAUAACGUUGUUUCUUCUGGGGCCGAAAAUUAGGUUGGGUGUUGCUUAUAGUUGCAAUUGGAUAGAAUUUA